GGCCCUCACGUCAACAAGCUCUGCUCUAACUAAAUCUGUUACUGAAUGAGGUAAAAACAAAAGCAAAAACAAAAAACACGUACACACUAUAUAUAUAAACACACACAUGCAUACAUAUAUUCUUUUACUAAUAGGAGCAGCCCUUGAAUUUGGUAAUUUUCAUCUCAAUGACGAUUCACUUCGUAACAGAAACAAACAGGAAGAUGAUGUUUUACAUUCUCAUUUAUUCUGUAAGCUUCUAAAAUGCAGUUUAGAACAAUGGUAUUUAUUUGAAACCAAAUCUUUUGUUUGGGCCUCUUCAACUAUCCUGCAAUAGCAAAGAAUAUGGACUUGUGCCUUUACUCACUGAAUGGAAACUGUUUUUAUCCCUCCCUAGAUAUGGCAGAUCCUGAGGUAAUUGUAAGUAGAUGCAACUUUCAUGAAGAGGAAGAUCGGUGCAAACUGGAGCAGCGUACAUCUGUCUCUGAGGAGCUUCUGUUAGAAGACCAGAUGAGGCGAAAACUCAAAUUUUUUUUCAUGAAUCCUUGUGAGAAGUUCUGGGCUCGAGGUAGAAAACCAUGGAAACUUGCCAUACAAAUUCUAAAAAUUAUAAUGGUGACUGUCCAGCUGGUCUUAUUUGGGCUAAGUAACCAGAUGGUGGUAGCUUUCAAGGAAGAGAACACUAUAGCAUUCAAACACCUCUUUCUAAAAGGAUAUAUGGACCGAAUAGACGACACUUACGCAGUAUACACACAAAGAGAUGUGUACGACCAGAUCAUCUUUGCAGUGAAUCAGUACUUGCAGCUGCGCAACAUCUCAGUUGGGAAUCAUGCUUAUGAGAACAAAGGUACCGAGCAAUCUGCCAUGGCAAUCUGUCAGCACUUCUACAAGCAAGGAACCAUCUGUCCUGGAAAUGACACCUUUGACAUUGAUCCAGAAAUUGAAACUGAAUGUUUCUUUGUAGAGCCAGAUGAGCCUUUUCACAUUGGAACACUAGAGGAAAAUAAACUCAACUUAACACUGGACUUUCACAGACUCCUAACAGUGGAGCUUCAAUUUAAACUGAAGGCCAUUAAUCUGCAGACAGUUCGUCACCAUGAGCUCCCCGACUGUUACGACUUUACUCUGACUAUAAUAUUUGACAACAAGGCCCAUAGUGGAAGAAUUAAAAUAAGUUUAGAUAAUGACAUUGCCAUCAGAGAAUGCAAAGACUGGCACGUAUCUGGAUCAAUUCAGAAGAACACUCAUUACAUGAUGAUCUUUGAUGCCUUUGUCAUCCUGACCUGCUUGACUUCACUAAUUCUCUGUGUUCGGUCUGUGAUUAGAGGACUUCAGCUUCAGCAGGAAUUUGUCAAUUUUUUCCUCCUCCAUUAUAAGCAGGAAGUUUCUGUUUCUGAUCAAAUGGAAUUUGUCAAUGGAUGGUACAUUAUGAUUAUUAUUAGUGAUAUAUUGACAAUCAUUGGAUCAAUUCUGAAAAUGGAAAUCCAAGCUAAGAGUCUAACAAGUUAUGAUGUCUGUAGCAUACUUCUUGGGACUUCUACCAUGCUUGUGUGGCUUGGAGUCAUCCGAUACCUGGGGUUUUUUCAGAAGUACAAUCUCCUUAUUCUGACCCUUCAGGCAGCACUGCCCAAUGUCAUGAGGUUCUGCUGCUGUGCAGCUAUGAUUUAUUUAGGCUAUUGCUUCUGUGGAUGGAUUGUGCUGGGCCCUUACCACGAUAAGUUCCGUUCUCUGAACAUGGUCUCCGAGUGCCUUUUCUCUCUGAUAAAUGGAGAUGACAUGUUUGCCACAUUCGCAAAAAUGCAGCAAAAAAGUUACUUGGUCUGGCUCUUUAGCAGAAUUUAUCUCUACACAUUCAUCAGCCUCUUUAUAUACAUGAUUUUAAGUCUCUUCAUUGCACUAAUUACUGACACAUAUGAAACAAUUAAGCAUUACCAAGAAAACGGCUUCCCAGAGACUGAACUGCGUACCUUCAUAUCAGAGUGCAAAGAUCUACCCAACUCUGGAAAAUACAGAUUAGACGAUGACCCUCCAGUAUCUCUAUUCUGCUGUUGUAAAAAGUAGCUAUCAAGCUUAUCUAUACUCUAGAGGAAAAUACAAUGUGUAGCUGAAUUGGGAGACUAUAUGGAUAUUAUAAAAUCAGAUGCACUAUGUUCAAAGACCGACUAUUAUUUUGAGCUAAUGGUUGUCUAUGUUUCACCCAGGACUAUAUUUAUAUUUUAAAAAGCGAUUUUAACGUCUUUUGCAUCUUUAUCCUGUGUUUGUUUAAAAAAUUUUGAUGAGGGGGGCUAUUGGAUUCUUGUCCUUGUUGAUUUUGUCAUAGCUUUAGGAUGUGUUCUUUAUGCCCCUCUUAGCUCUAGCUCUUACACUUUUGAUCCCAGCUGUUCUCCUGUUUGUGUUGAUUAUGUUAUCAGUGGAAAACAACCCCUUGGUCUGACAGUGACUUCAGACAACUCACGGACCCUGAGAGAGCGGAGGGGGUUCCUGUAUAUCCAGCAAACAUUACAUUAAAAAAUCUUACCUUAAAAGACAGGAUAAGAAAAAAAAAACAGUCAUCACCAGCUGGUUGACCAGUUGUUGAACUGCUAUUUAGUUUUGCUCUUAGUUCUGGAGACAGAGCACUGAUGACACGGUAGUUAAAAGUUCAGCUGCUAACCAGAAGGUCGGCAAUUCAAAUCCACCAGCCGCUCCUUGGAAACCCUAUGGGGCAGUUCUACUCUGUCCUACAGGGUCACUAGUCAGAAUCGACUCAGUGGUAAAAGGUUUAGUUCUGGAGAGGAUCAGGCUUUCAAAUAUUCAUUUAUAAGCAUUUUCUUUCUUCCUUUAGUGUUGCAAUACAAAGUUGAAAGAGGAUCUUAUACAUAUAUGAAAAUUGAACCACAAUACCAAAUGCAUAUUCAGGGUAAUGAUGAUCAUUUUAUUAGUUCUUGUGCAGCCUUGUGAAAACUAUGUGAUAUACUGUAACUUGUUUUGGUGUCCGGAGCUGUAGUUCCAUGGGGAGAAGUUCUCUAACUCACAUUAAAAAUAUUUGGGGCAUUUCCAGGCAACGUGGUGCUAUAGUCAGAAGCACCAUGCCAUCCCUC